GAGAGAGAGAGAAUAGGUGUGUGCUCAGGCUCUGGGUGCCUCUGUCUGGCUGCUGAGGCUGAGAUGGGAGCGAGCGGCUGGCUCGGCUGGCGGUGGCUCCAGACCACACUUUCGUAGAACAAUCACGAGCGAAAAUUGCCGUGGGAGGGGGGGAGGAGGAGGAGGAGGAGGCGGCGAUUUUUUCUUGUGCCCCCCUUCUAACGCUUCUUUUCUCCUUUUCUCUUUCCCCCUCACCCCGUCUUCCCCUCCUCCCGUCCUCCCUCGCCCCGCAUGCUCCCGGCUUGCCGCCUGCAGGAUGAGUUCCACCCGUUCAUCGAGGCGCUGCUGCCUCACGUCCGCGCCUUCUCCUACACCUGGUUCAACCUGCAGGCCCGGAAGCGCAAGUACUUCAAGAAGCACGAGAAGCGGAUGUCGAAGGACGAGGAGCGCGCGGUGAAGGACGAGCUGCUGGGCGAGAAGCCCGAGAUCAAGCAGAAGUGGGCAUCCCGGCUGCUGGCCAAGCUGCGCAAAGACAUCCGGCCCGAGUUCCGAGAGGACUUUGUGCUGACCAUCACGGGCAAGAAGCCCCCCUGCUGCGUGCUCUCCAACCCCGACCAGAAGGGCAAGAUCCGGCGGAUUGACUGCCUGCGCCAGGCCGACAAGGUGUGGCGGCUGGACCUGGUCAUGGUGAUUUUGUUUAAGGGGAUCCCCCUGGAAAGUACUGAUGGGGAGCGGCUCUACAAGUCGCCCCAGUGCUCGAACCCCGGCCUCUGCGUCCAGCCACAUCACAUUGGAGUCACAAUCAAAGAACUAGAUCUUUAUCUGGCUUACUUUGUCCACACUCCAGAAUCCGGACAAUCAGAUAGUUCAAACCAGCAAGGAGAUGCGGACAUCAAACCACUGCCCAACGGGCACUUAAGUUUCCAGGACUGUUUUGUGACUUCCGGGGUCUGGAAUGUGACGGAGCUGGUGAGAGUAUCACAGACUCCUGUUGCCACAGCAUCAGGGCCCAACUUCUCACUGGCGGACCUGGAGAGUCCCAGCUACUACAACAUAAACCAGGUGACCCUGGGGCGGCGGUCCAUCACCUCCCCUCCUUCCACCAGCACCACCAAGCGCCCCAAGUCCAUCGAUGACAGCGAGAUGGAGAGCCCCGUCGAUGAUGUCUUCUAUCCUGGCACAGGCCGCUCCCCAGCAGCUGGCAGCAGCCAGUCCAGUGGGUGGCCCAACGAUGUGGAUGCAGGCCCGGCUUCUCUAAAGAAGUCAGGAAAGCUGGACUUCUGCAGUGCCCUCUCCUCUCAGGGCAGCUCCCCGCGCAUGGCUUUCACUCACCACCCGCUGCCUGUGCUUGCUGGAGUCAGACCAGGGAGCCCUCGGGCCACAGCAUCAGCGCUGCACUUCCCCUCCACGUCCAUCAUCCAGCAGUCGAGCCCGUAUUUCACGCACCCGACCAUCCGCUACCAUCACCACCACGGGCAGGACUCGCUGAAGGAGUUUGUGCAGUUUGUGUGCUCGGACGGCUCGGGCCAGGCUACCGGACAGCCCAACGGUAGCGGCCAGGGCAAAGUCCCGGGGUCAUUUUUGCUACCGCCGCCGCCUCCAGUGGCCAGACCUGUGCCCCUUCCUAUGCCUGAUUCCAAAUCCACCAGCACUGCCCCAGACGGCGCCGCCUUGACUCCUCCAUCACCUUCAUUCGCAACGACAGGCGCCUCCUCUGCCAACCGGUUUGUCAGCAUCGGACCCCGGGACGGCAACUUUCUGAACAUCCCACAGCAGUCUCAGUCCUGGUUCCUCUGAUAAGAUCGACAGAAGAAAUGACAAAAUGUAAAGAAGAGGUUCCUCAAACGGGGGGAGAAGAAAUUUUGAGACGUGGAAAAAUCCCCCAGCCCAGCCCCACCGAAAAAGCAAAAAUUAGACGUCGUCAGCCACUCAGCCCUUCUCUCCUCCAGCCCGGGGACCCCUGCAGGCCCCCAGAAGCAGCCCAGUUCUCGGAGAGCCCUCAGAAGAGGUCUCGGUGGAGCUGUGCACCAGCAGCCAAGCAGAAAGAAACAUGCAAAACGGACUCUGUUAAGUAGAGGACAGAAAGAAAGAAAGGAUGCGGCAGAACUGCCUUUCUCCCCUCCCUACCCCGCCCCAACCUUCCGGGGAAGGAACAAAAUCAACCCAACAAAGCAACCAGCACGGUUCGAAAGGGCCUCUCCUCCACCGUCACCCUUCCUAGGGGAACCCCACCCCCAACUCAGUCCGGGAGCUUCACUAGGGAGCUCAGAGGACAAGCUUGUACAAAUGACGGGGUGCAGAUCCAGAGGGUUCUCCCUCCAGACUCUGCCUCCUCCCUGCCUGUCUCCCUCUCUCCCAACCCCCUCCCCACCCCCACUGCCUUGGCCUCUGGCUUCUCCCCGCCCCCCCCCCC